AUUUUUAUUUCCUUUGAAAUAAUAGGACUUUAAAAUAGGUUGAAGAUAUUAUUCACUGCAGUAUGAGUUGCCACUGGAUUGACGCGAGAGUUUUGAGUUUAUUUCAAUAACCUACAUAGGUGUCCUGGUGGGAUGGAUUCUGAAACUUAAGCCUUAUACAUUUUUUGUGGGCUCACUAAGUGUUCUGCUGUGUUUCAGGAUCAGGGGGACCUUUGCUUUUUGAUGAUCUCCCACCUGCUAGCAGUGGCGAUUCAGGUUCUCUUGCCACGUGCAUAUCCCAGAUGGUAAAGAACGAAGGGAAAGGAGCCAAGAGAAAGACCUCCGAGGAAGAGAAGAAUGGCAGUGAAGAGCUUGUGGAAAAGAAAGUUUGUAAAGAAAGGAAACCUACAUUUGUUCCUCAAGAGUUAAAAAAUACAGCCUCUUCGGUCAUCUUUGGUCUGAAAGGCUAUGUGGCCGAGCGGAAGGGUGAGAGGGAGGAGAUGCAGGACGCCCAUGUCAUCCUGAACGACAUCACUGAGGAGUGUAGGCCCCCAUCGUCCCUCAUUACUCGGGUUUCAUAUUUUGCUGUUUUUGAUGGACAUGGAGGAAUUCGAGCCUCAAAAUUCGCUGCACAGAAUUUACAUCAGAACUUAAUCAGGAAAUUUCCUAAAGGAGAUGUAAUCAGUGUAGAGAAAACUGUGAAGAGAUGCCUUUUGGACACUUUUAAGCAUACCGAUGAAGAGUUCCUUAAACAAGCUUCGAGCCAGAAGCCUGCCUGGAAGGAUGGGUCCACUGCCACGUGUGUCCUGGCUGUAGACAACAUUCUGUACAUUGCCAACCUAGGAGACAGUCGGGCAAUCCUAUGUCGUUAUAAUGAGGAGAGUCAAAAACAUGCAGCCUUAAGCCUCAGCAAAGAGCACAAUCCAACCCAGUAUGAAGAACGAAUGAGAAUACAGAAGGCUGGAGGAAACGUCAGGGAUGGGCGUGUCUUGGGCGUGCUGGAGGUGUCACGCUCCAUUGGGGAUGGGCAGUACAAGCGCUGUGGGGUCACUUCUGUGCCAGAUAUCAGACGCUGCCAAUUGACCCCCAAUGACAGGUUCAUUUUGCUGGCCUGUGAUGGGCUCUUCAAGGUCUUUACCCCAGAAGAAGCCGUGAACUUCAUCUUGUCCUGCCUCGAGGAUGAGAAGAUCCAGAGCCGGGAAGGGAAGCCCGCCAUAGACGCCCGCUAUGAAGCAGCCUGCAACAGGCUGGCUAACAAGGCAGUGCAGCGGGGCUCGGCAGACAAUGUCACUGUGAUGGUGGUGCGGAUAGGGCACUGAGAGAUGGUGGUGGUCAGGAGCACGCAUGGUAUUGACUUAAAAGGUUCAUUUUGUGUGUGUGCACAUUCUAUGUGUUUUGUGUACUCCUGUGGAACUCACAUGGUUGUAAAUAAAGGUUUCUUUUUUUUUUUUUU